GCAGUAACCAUGUCGACCCAGAAAACAAUUUAAAAUUCAUUUUUGAAAGUCAAAAUUACCGUCAAAUUUAUCUCGCCCGUAUUUUUGAUCCCCCAAAUCGAAAUUCAAGUCGUUUUCGUCCACGAAAUCCAAAUUACCACGUGAAAAAAUCAAACCAUGGCGUUCGUUUGCCCCGAAAAAAGCCAGAAGCGGCAAAACCUGCUCAACGACCUCAAAUGCCUCAUGUCCCAACUGCAAUGCGGAGACCCUUGCUGUCCGCCGCCCGUUUGCUGUCCGCCGCCCGCCUGCUGCCCCCCAGGACCGUCAGUAAACAGUUGCAAUGGCCCCGUCAUUGAAAUUUACGAUCCCUUACCGAAAGCUUGUUUACCUAUUUGCAGUCCCGCUUGUCCACCUGCCGUUUGCUGUCCACCACCUGCAUGUUGUCCGCCACCUAUUUGUUGUCCACCACCUGCAUGUUGUCCGCCACCUACAUGUUGUCCACCUCCUAUGUGUUGUCCGCCACCUAUAUGUUGUCCGCCACAAUGCACACCAGGUACAUGUCCUCCGCCGAACGCUUCAGUACCCAUAACGGCACCGCCGCCGCAACCUAUUUGCGUACCGCCCAUUUUACCUGUAUGCACCCCGGUACCGCCGCCUUGCGUACCACUAUGCAACCCCAACCCCGAAGACCAGCCUUGCGUCCCGUGCAAUCCUCCUCAGAUGAUGGUCUGCUACAGAAGACCUCAAACCAAAGGAAACAACGGACCUCGUAGUAAAAGUCGCGAAUUGAGGGCGAGCAUUUUGCAUGUGGGAUGUGAUUGCGAGAAACAUAACGGGUUGCAAGACGACUGCCAGAGAAUGGAAUGUCACGGCUCGCCGCCUUGCCUCACAGAACCGCCCACUUGCGGCCCGUCCGAGUUUGCAAAUUGCAAACAUUUAGGCAAACGACCCGGCUACGGUACCAACAAAAAAGAACUGGAACAGUACCAGUGUUACCCGGCUUAUGUUCGAUUGCCUUCUUGCGCACCUUGCAAUGGCAAUGGACAGCCUUCAUGUGGCCCUUGUCCACCUUGUGGUCCAUGUGGACCUUGCGGUCCAUGUGGUCCGUGUGGCCCUUGCGGUCCAUGUGGCCCUUGUGGACCUUGCGGUCCAUGUGUCCCUUGUUGUCCGCCUCCAUGCGUGCCUCUGAUCGCUCAAGCUCCGUGUCCGCCGCCGAUAACUCCGGCACCGCCGCCGUGCGUUCCAGUCGGACGUGUGGUACCGAUUUGUCCGGCAGUACCGAUGCCUAUACCAUGUCCGCCGCCGGUGGCCUGUUGUCCGCCCAUUCAACCGCAGUGCUGUCCUUGUCCGCCGCCCAUGUGUUAUCCUGCGCCAUGUUGUCCACCGCCUCCGUGUUGUCCGCCGCCCAUGUGUUGUCCUCCGCCCAUGUGUUGUCCUUGUUAAAGUGUCAUUUGUGACUGUCGGUGAAAUACAGAAUUUGAUUUGGCAGUAA